CCCGCUUCGCCAAGACAACUGAUUGCAUUGUACUUUGCCAAGUCUCUGAGCCGGCAUCCAACCAUAAGCACAUGCCUUUCCCGUCAUCUUGGCCCAGCGCCUCUUUACUAGGGUCGCUUUCGGUCUCAAAGGAAGGGGAGAAAUUUGCGGCGCACUGGCGGAAUGUCUUGACAACUGUUACCUUACUUCGACAAAACAUUCAAUCAUUUGCGCCAAUGGGAGGAAGUUGGGUGGCUGGACCGACAUGUUGAUCAGUUGACAUAGUUCUCGGGGAUGUUCAAGUUCGUGCAGUGUCCUACUACCAGAC